AUGUCUGCUCCAUCUCCCGGUGAGCCUAUGGAGAUCACCUCCUCCCACAACGCCAGCACUACCUCUCCUUCGAGCAAGCACAACGACACGGACGCCAACGGCGCAUCCAAGAACACGUCGCCUACAGACCAAUCUGCGAAUAACUCGAUCGCCAUGCCCGCCGCGCCCGCAGCAGCGGCCGCGGCUGUGCACCAGCCAAAGAUUGUGCAGACAGCUUUCAUACAUAAGCUGUACAGCAUGCUGGAGGACCCAAGCAUACAGCAUCUGAUAUCAUGGUCGGCGAGUGCUGAAAGCUUCGUUAUGUCACCGUCUGCGGACUUUUCCAAGGUUCUCGCCGACGUUUUCCACACUACAAAUCCCGAGACCGCCUUGUGGGAAUUCAAACAUGGAAAUGGCAACUUCAAGCGAGGCGAUCUUGUUGGGCUACGCGAAAUCAAACGACGGGCUUCACGCCAUGCUCUUGUUCACCGAGAAUAUCCCAACUCAAAACCGAGCCCUUCCCAGCCCGGAACACCUGCGGAACCGAUGCCUCCCCCAAGCGAUGGCUCUGAAAUGCGAAUGCCAGGACUCGAGCAUACGCUGUACGACCUCAGCAUGCGGCUGCAGAGAAGUGAAGAGAAUGCCCAUUACAUGCAUAUCAAGCAGCAAGCGGUGAUGGAAACCAUGUCACGACUGCUCCACUUCAACCAAGAGUUGUCGAGGACGGUGCUCAGCCUCGUUCCUAGUCCCGAGAACCCAGUGCACCGGGAUGUUCUGAAUCUGCAAUCGGAAAUAGCAAGACAAGCCGACAUGCUCCGAACUAUUGAUGAUCCCCAGGAGUCGCCAUUCUCGAGCAGCCGAUCAUACUUCACCAACGUGGAGAAUGCACCGGUUUCGCCGCGGCAGUUACCCCAAGAUGACCCGAGACGAAACGCGAAUCUUGCUGUUCCCCAGCCCAGAGGGCAGAAUUUCUACCGGCCUCCUGUGCCUUCGAAUCUUUCGAUCAGCACGCGAAGGCCCUAUGGCUCCAUUGGUGGUGGAUCGGUUGGCGGUGGUUCAGUGCCACAGGCCUCAUCUCCCUUGCGGGGGGCGCCGCCUCCACCUCCUCCGGGGCCGCAUCCCUUGGCCCAGGUUGAGCCGCCUCCUGGAAGUCUAGCAAGACGUCACACAUCGGCAGAUAUACGGGCACACGGCUGGCAGCCCAGUGCUCCGCCGCCGUUUGCUUCAGGGCCUCCAUCAGGACCGCCUUCUGGACCUUGGCCAUCUUCGCCCAGUCGACUCGCGCCGGAGGACCAGCGCCUCAGGGAGUCGUUAUCCACAUACUCGCUGCAAAACGCGACCCAAGUACGGCCUCUAUCGCGACCGACCACACCUCCUGGCGCGCCCUUCUCGAAUGGUGGUGGUGGGGAUACCUUUGGCAACUGGUCAUGGAACUCGGCCAACCGGGACAACAAGAAUUUGGCCAUUAGGGACCAUUCAGGGCCACCCACGCGUCGCGGAAGUAUGGCGCAUAUCCUCAACCCGACUGACACGGCUGAACGGGACGACGAGGACGAGGAUCCCCGAGGCGACGAUGAUCGGAAGCGCAAGCGUAUGCAGUGA